CGAUCGGUCUUCGCCUCCCGGAUACUGGGGAGUCCCGUGUCUGUCACCAAACGGGAGCCGAGCGCUUUAACACUCCUAUGUCAGCUCCCGAAUCAGGCACAAAACUGUGAAUUAACGUUUCUCUGCCCGUUUUUAAUUUUUUUUAUUUCUUUUGUUUGUUUGUUUUUGUGGGUACAGAAACUGGAGUCAGUCAGAGCGUUUUUUUUUUUUAUUUGUUGGCGCGACAGUACCAGAGCAGACAGUCGUUUCUGUUGGAAGCCUGGCCAGUGCGUCUUCAGUCCGGAUGAAGGAGAGCUGGGCGCUGGCGGCUCCGUGACCCGGAGAAGUGAGGAGAACAGCGGACUGAGGAGAGGUUGUCACACCGCACUAGAAGCCGCGCUGCGCGUCUCGUGCAGCAUGACUCUGCGCCUCGCUCCAUGUGGACAUGUGAUGGGUGUUCUAUGAACAGAUGGAGGCUUAAUUAACGAAUGCUGUUAAUUAGAAGAGACUGAAAGUGAGAAUGGUGGAGCUGGAGGAGAGAUGCAGCCAUGGGCCGAAGACAGGAGCAGAAGGGAGAGAGAGUGUGCAAGCUCUCCACUGCAGUAUUGAUGACCCAAUGAUCCCCUGCAGAACUGAGCCAGUCAAGCAGACACAGCCAGGCUCAACUCUGAAUCCGAAUCACAACUGCUGCCAGAACUCUUAGGUGAAUACUUCAAUACAUCUCCAUCGCUCCCUUUCCCACUACAAUCCUCUACUUAAGUGCAUCUGCUGAAUGAGCGGUUUGUCGGAUCACCUCCGUUCGGGCCGCUUCGUGCCUCCACUGGGCUGUGGUGGGCCGAGGUUAGACGAGCGAGGCUUUGUGGGGGGGCUUCAGGAGCCUGAGCUGUGGAGCAGGGAGCUGGGGCUGCAGGAUCUCUCCAACAAUGAAGUGGCCUUGGUGAACCCAGAGCACUUGGCCCCCUCCUCUCCCUCUGCCCUAUCCAACGGGCUGCACCGACAGGGCAGACUGGGGCUUGGGGCCUGCAAACAGAGGCAGGUAGACUCGGCUGUGGACCACCUGUUCACACAGACACUGAUCAACAUGCAGACGCACAUGGAGGUCAGCUCCUUCAUUGCUCCUGAACACUCUAGGACAUCAUCUCAGCCCCUCUCUCUUACUGUGCAUCCUGGAGAUCUCCCGAGCCCCAACAAUCGGCUGGCUGCUCCUGUUCCAAACACAGAGACUGACUCCUCUUUCUGUCCUAAUGAAAGCACAGAGUCUUCUUCUGCUCCAGUUGAAGGGGAAAAAAAGUAUGCACUGCGCAGCUCUGGUCGGCCCCGCUUCCCUUGUCACCUGCGCAAAUCAACCCGACUGCGACGCUCCUCAGAUAACAUGGACAAAAGAAUAGUGCAAGAGAGAGAAGCUGAUGGGAGUGGAGUAACAGAGGAGAAAAUGUGGACUGUCAAACACGAGGAAACACCAGUUGUCCAAAAAGAGGAACAGCCCAAAGAGGAGUCUGUGGUUCCCACUGCUCCUUGUCCUACAGAUAUCCCUCUGGCUCUAACUGUCCCCAAACCCCUUUUGAAACCUGAGCCAAGACUUGGCCAUAGGCCAGGACCGAAAUCUCGAUGCCGGCCUUUAACCAAGCCUGUUCACAAAGCUGCUCCCAAAAGUAUUUUGAGACAGCGUCAGGCAGCACAAGCACUGGCCAUGGCUCGGGCUGCCACUCAUGUGCCCUUCACCUCUCCCUGCCCUGCCCCUCGGAUUUCUACUAGAGUGGAUGCUGAAGGAAUGCCCCUCAAUGGCAGGAGGAGAGGACGAUACACUGGUGUGAGAAGGAUUGUUGUUAAGGUGGCUCGCAUUCCUGUCAGCCUCAGCCGUCGCCAGAAGAGCUACAAGAUUUCCAACUUGGACACACUUUCAGUCACAGAGAAAACCAACGAAGGCAGUGUGGAGGGAUCUGAUGCAGUCCGAGAGCCAACAGCCCUCCUCCGCAUGAAGAAUAAUGGGAAGAGUGUGAUGGUGAUGUUUCCUCCUGGAGAAAUGCCCGUUAUUCUCAAACGCAGACGGGGACGGCCCCCUAAACAGCCUCCUAUUGGACUUCCGGGAGACACUCUGCCCAUUCCUGGCACCCCAGCUGUGGACAAUGGAAAUUCAGAGCCUGUAAAGAAGCAACGCAGGCGCCGUCGGACUAAACUACCAUGCCCCUUUCCAUCUUAUGUUAAUGACACUAAUGAUGUUAAGAGUGAAUAUGGGGAUGUGCUGUCCAAACUGGCCUUCUUGAACCGGACGCCUCCUGCCACUGGGCGCUGCUCUCCCCCUCGCUGCUGGACGCCCAGCGAGCCAGAGAGCUUCCAUACACCAAUGGAAAACCCCGGGAUCUCCACUCUUUUACACAGGCUCACAGGGUGCAGGCGGCCCAGAGGUAGCAGGGGAAUGGGAAGGGGAGGAGGUGUGGGCAGAGGCAAUGGAGUGGCAGGGGGCAUUGGAGGAACUGAGCAAAGUAAAAGCACUUUUAGUGACUUCUUUGAAUCUAUUGGUAAAAAGAGGAAACUGAGUAUGUCUGACCAUGGACUGCCUAGGAAAAGAGGCAAGGGGGGGCAUGGAAGGGGUGGUGGUGUUGUGGGCACUGAACCUGGUGGUGAGAAAACCGUAAGAAAGCGGCGAAUGAGAAAAAAUGGUACAUUUAAAGGGGACACUUUUUCCAUGGGACAUGACUGGCUCAAUGGGGUAGAAGGCUGGGGGGAGGAGGGGGGAUUAGACAAAGUGAGAACGGGGUAUCAGUUCUGUGGGCCAUCUCGAGGUGGUUUCUCCUCUUGUGAGUAUGGGCGCGGGGCAUUCAGUGGUUCUGGAGGGGGCCGAGGAGGUGGGCCAGCUGGAGAGGACCAAAGCCUGUUCGCUGGGUAUUUUCGGUCCCUUCUUGAUUCAGAUGAUUCAUCAGACUUAUUGGACAUUUCCUCUGUGCAGUCAGACUCAAACAAAAGUCAGUGUAACCCCAGUUAUGAGGGUUCUAGUAGUGGUAUGAACCCAGGGUUUCCCAAGUGGAGUUCCAAAAGUGCAGGAGGAGAGGGGGCACCCCAGGGGCAUAGUUCCUCAGCUAGGCCUUCAUACAGCUAUAUUAGUCCAGCCCAAUUGUCUCCUACUAGAUCUUCUUUUCCCAAAUCUACCCCUCCCUCUCUGUCUCACUCCCCAAGCUCCCACAGCACGUCCACCUAUGGCCACUACUCCUCUGGCUACUCCUCCUCUUCUCCAGCAGGGCUGUCCCAGAGGUCCCCUGACUGCAGUUUUGCAUAUGGCAAAAACACUCCAGCUGGAUACUCAAACUACCCGACAGGUCCCAAACGGGGAUUUGGUGGAUAUAAUUCUUCAACAGGCCCUAACUCCCCAGGAGGAGGGUACAUGUCUGUGGCUAAAGGAGGACCCUUCAAUCCGUCCUCUCCAGAUAAUUUCAAACAGUACAACUCCAACCAGUGGAGCUAUAGACAAACCUAUGGCUCUUGGUCUGAUGGCUGUGGAUCUCAGUAUCAUGGCUUUAAUGAAUAUGGCUCCAAUGAGUCUAAAGACAUUCUGGACAUUUCAAACUACACGCCCCAGAAGGCCAAACGGCUGCCUUUCCCUGAGAGUCUUUCUGAGUCGUCCUCUGACUCCUCGCACCUGAGCUCUGCUGCAUGUGGACACCCCACAUCUGGCCCAUACAGACACAGUGAGGCAUCCCAUCUGCCCAUGAGUGGAGAGGGGGGCCAGUCCAGCCUAUCCAGCCUGGAGAAGUUAAUGAUGGACUGGCAUGAGAGUGCCACAGGACCCUCUUAUAACUGGAGUCAAAAUGUGCUCUUUCAAGGAGGAGGAACCUCCAAACCAGGACGCGGGCGAAGAAAACGAACAGAAAUGGAUAAAGAAGGCAGUUCUGCUUUGCACUCACAUUCACCGUCUGGUUCCUCCCCAACACCGGGACCUAGAAGAGGUGUGGGGCGGGGGCGGGGGUCCCGAGGGGGCAGAGGAGGCCUGUCUCCCUGUCAGAGGUCUGGGGCUAAAGGGAGAGGAAAGGCACAGCUGGCUCAGACAGGAAGUAGUCUUGGAGGGACUCCUGGGCCCCUGGAGGGCCCUGCACUUUGCCAUGAAGCUCUGGACUAUUAUAGCGGGGACAGCAGCAGCCUCUCUCCUCUGGCCACUCCAAACCCUCCUCCCCCCUCUAGCUAUCUGCAGGACCCCUGUGAGUAUACCUCCCCUUACUCUGCCCACCCUUCUACACCCUCUUCUGAGGAGAGAUAUCCCACUCUGUUCCCUGGGGAGUCCUCUUCCUCCCUGUCGCCCAGUGUAUCCUCUCCUCCCUAUCCUCCCAAGCCCACCCCACCUCCCCCACAGACCUACCAUCCUCGGACCUUCUCCCCAUCUUGCUCCCCUUCACCGAGAAUUACACCACACUGUGGCACAGCCCUGAGCCCCUCCCAUCGUCCCCCACCAAAAGAGCCACAGUUCUCCCAGUAUGACUCCCCAAGUUACUGCAGCUCCCCCUACUGGUACGGACAAUCUCACAGUGGCAGCCCUAGCCCACAAAUGCACAACACACACUCAAAUACAGCCAUUCAUGCCCACAGUAAUCCUCAUACGAGCCCCCAUGGAGCAUCACAAGGGAAUUCACUGAAUAAUAUGCAUGUGAAUCCAGCGCAGCUCGACCCACAGCACCAAAGCACGAACAUGUCGUCCCAUAUGAGUUCCACCCUGUCCCAUUCCCUCCCCCAAAACCAGCCCAAUGCCCACCUCUCCCCUCACUCAACCCCAAGCCUGCACUCUGGGCUUUACAAGGAGCGUAGCCCCCCAUCUGGUAUGGCCCCUCAUACAGUCAGUACAGGUCAUCGCCAAGGUCCUAUGCCUCUGUCUCCUUAUCCCAAACCCUCCUUAGACUCUUCACCCCAUCAGGAGGACAUAAGUGGUUUCUCCAUGUCCCAGCCAUCCUACCAGGGCAUGGGACCACGAUACCCCACCCAAGCGCCUCCCGGAGGGGGUGUGCUUUGCCAACUCUUGGAUCAAGCCAAUGAGGACAGCUUCAGCGUCACCAGCCUGUAAUUACAGAUGCAUUUCCAAGCUUUUACAGAUUUUGCAAGCAUUUUUUUUUUGUUUUUAAGGAGAAUUCUUUGUAAAAGACUGCGAACUGAAGGGUGAGAAUUUAGCUGCCAGCAUUUGGACAGUAAAGCUUUAAUUCUCCAGCUCUGACAAUCAAAAUCAAACUGCAACUUUUACACCUUUAGCAUGACUACAACAAGUACACACAUCCGAGCAGCCCCAUGCAUGUGCAGCAGCUACCUGGACACCUGUGAGUCAUAAGUGUACACCCAACUGCAGACUUAGCUGGAACAAGCGAAAGGCAGAGAAGAAAUUCAAAACAGAUGCUGACGGAUCAAGACAAACCUCAAUACUUUGUACAAGAACACCCUGAAGUUUGCUUUUUUUAAUGUUCGGUGCAUUUGCAAAUUGGUCAAAAAAAAAUCCACUCUGCGUUUUCUGUGUUUUCUUAUCAACUGCUUAUCUUCUGCUAAAAACAACGUCUUGGCUCAACUAAUGGAUCCUGCCUAUCUGUCUCGUGCCCUAACGUAAAACCACUUGUAAGCCUAAAAAUCAACCAUACAGUUACAUUCAGUCGCUGCUCUGUGCACUCCCCGUGUUGUAUCCCAUGAGAGAAACAUGGACUGCAGAACCAAUCCCUGCUCUGAAAAUACCAGCAUCUGUACAGAACAUACAAUUCCAGAUCUGAAACCCAAGCUCUUUGUUCUACAUUUCGAAGGACCCACAUCUUCAUGCCAGAAUCUGCUUUUGUGGGGAGGAUGAUGACUGCAGCAUGGAGAUUUAGCAUCCUGUGUUAUAGCUAUUUUCACGACAAGAGAAGAGACAUUCAGACGACUUAAUGACCCCAAAGAGAAUAUAGUGUGACUGCAUGUACUUGUGUGCAUAUGAAUGUAUGAUCGAUGAGAUGAGUGCGGGGUCUUGUUGGUGGGCUUUUCUCCAUCUUUCACUCUUUCCCUUCUUUUUCUGUGGUCUUGUGUUGUUUGGUGCUUUUGUGAAGAAAAGAUGUAUAUCUGUCUGUUACAUAUCAUGUAUGUAUUUGAGGUGCAAAAUAUUUAAAUACACAUUCUGUUCUGGCCAUUGGUA